ACUUUGACCCGCGGAGAAUUGCCAAUUUUGAAUGGUGUGUCUGCGAAACAAGUUUUUAGUAUAGUUAAUCUAGUACAUGCAAGCAAUUUCAUUCCCUUUGCGUCGCAAAGCCUAUACUAGUACCUGCUGUAGAUAGCAGGAUACUAGGAUAGUGAAUUUUCAUAUAUUGCUUCAUUAUAUCAGUUAAAUUUAAUGACUACAGCUGUCAGAAUGUACAAUAUAUAUUAUUUACAACAAUAACAGAAUAACAAUCAAUUAAAAUAUUGGUUUUGAAAUCUGAAAUUCAGAAAUUAAAACAAAACUUAGUAAGCUUCGCUGGUUGAUGGAAAUGCCAAUGUGAAUCGAUUUCAAAAACAAAAUGAUUUUAUAAGUAACAAGACUACAUGAAGCAUACUACAUUUGGGAAAGUUGUUAUUUUUCAACAACAAUUAACGAUCUGAGAUUACUGUAUUAUGGCAUUACGCAUCGGUGUGCAUACCUUGCCAUGCAUCAAAAGAUUAUCAAUAAAAGUGUCAAAUGCAGCAAAAGAAUUGAAAAUUCAUCAUGGUUAUUUUCACCAACCAUGUGUAUCUAAUUAUUGUGGUAUCACUCAAUUGCGUCCUGAAGUAUGCAGGACACUUUUCAAUAAGAAUAUAAAUGUGUUACAAUGCCGAUAUUAUCGCUCAGCAACACAUCAACGUGCCAAAAGCAAAAGUAAAAAAGAUGUUACUCCCGAUGCAAAAGAUAAUAUUGAUGAUUUGAAAGCAUUAUUGCAGGAUAAAUCGAUGGGAUUUACUGCAAAAUUCAAAGUUCUUUUUCGACAAUAUGGUGUUGUGCUUAUUGUUGUUCAUUCCAUUACAGCAGUUUUCUGGAUGGGAUUAUUUUAUUUUGCUGUCAGCAGGGGAUUUGAUAUUGUACCGUUUUUGGAAAAGUAUGGUGUGUUUGAUUUCUUGAAUAAAAUUGGACUGCCAGCAUCUGACAAGCUUAAAAGCCCUGGUGCCAGUAAUCUACUUGCUGCUUAUUUAUUGUAUGAGGUGGCAAAACCUGUUCGAUAUCCUGUCACAAUUAUAAGUACAAUCUAUGCAGUUCGUAUACUAAGAAGAUUGGGACAUUUUAAACGGCCUCCAAAGACUGAUGCAACCAUGCGUGAACUAGUUCAAACACAGGGUAAAAUAAUUCAACAUCAGCUUCGACACCAUACUUCAAGAUUACAGCGAAAUAGAAGAAAAUCAAAAACGUUAGGCCAGCAUAAGAAAAAUGGGAAAAAAACUAACGGUGGUAAUGGUAGUACAUCACAUGUAUAGUUCAUAACACGGUAUUAUCAUGUGUAAGAACAGAAUAAGUGCAAUUGCUUUAUGAGUUGAAAUUUCUGCUGCAGAUUUUUAGGACUAGGAUAGAAUUGUUUUAUAGGAUCUGGAUGUGAAGUAAGGCCAUCCUAAUCAUAUAUCAAAUUUUGGUCUCUCAUCUCAUACCUAAUCAAAUAAUAAUUUCUGGUGCACAUACUUGUUAGAGGAUUGUUGGUUCAAAAAAUUUCCUAGUUGGGUUGGGUAAUGUGUAACUAACUACUUCUUUGUGUUAGUGGUAUACUAGCAUACUAUAGCAAGAAUCCAAAAGUAUUUCAUGCAGAGGCAUAGAAGAUGAGCAAAGGCAGUUUGGGUUGAAUAUUUUUCCAUACUUUUUUAAUCCAGUGAUUCUCAAUCUUAAGGUUCAAAUUUUGUUACAACUCAUGACAUGAUUUCUAACAUGUUUCGAAAAGUUCCAUUUCGUACUAAAUUCGAAUUUUUUGGUGUAUGAACUGGAAUCACUAUUUUGCAUGUUGGCAUGCCAGAUAUGUUCAUUUUGUACCCUUAUUGCUCAGGUCAGGUGGUCAAAUUUUGCCCUGUAAGUAAAAAUAUUGACCACAAGUCGACAACCAUUAGGUGACUAUCAUUGAAGAAAUUUUGUCUUGAACCAAGUAUAUGUCUUAUUCUAAUGACAUUUUUACUUCAUCUUAAAGCCUAUAUUGAUUGAGUUCAAAAUGAACAGCCCUUAAACUUACUUAGUACCUUUAUCACAGUAAUGGCAUUUGUCCUGCUGCAAAAUAUCCAUUUUUUGUUUCUGCUAUUAUAGAAGUUUUUGUAAUUUUGUACAAUACUUUACUUGAUUGAUUAUUGCCCAAACAAAUCCUUGUCAACAAUGUAAUUGAAAAGAAAUAUGCUUGUCAUGUUGACGUCUGAAUGUGUUUAUUUUCCAAUAAUUAGUAUGAGUUUCGUGAGUAAUCUGGACACCUGCUUUGAAUAAGCUAUAGCAUGCAUUGUUUGGAGUGUUAAGCUGGAGUCACAUUUAUAAACUUGACCCAAGAGCUUGGAAGCAGACUACAAGCGAGUGCCCACAACUAGGGAUACAAGUUUUGAAUAUUUCAUUUUCGAAUCGGAAUGUCCUGAUUCGAAUAUUUGCAAAUCUCAUUCUAUUUAGUAUAACAUCAUAUUAUCGUUAACUUUCUUUAAAUUUGGAAUAACUACAGGAUAAAUUGUGAUUAAAUAACUAGAGAAUGAAUGAGGUGGCUUUUAAAAAAUACAUUCGAUGGUUUUGUUAUAUAAAGCUACACUCUGAUAUAUUUAUAUUAUAUUACAUAAAUUUUUAUUUGCAAACAAUUUAGAACGUAUCGUGGUCGUUUUCUUCUAAAAAAAACUCAUUCAAGUAA